AAGCAGCGGCAGAGUAUGGGGGACGGGAUGGGGCAGGUUGUAAUUGAGGCGGUGCAGGCGUCUCGGGAACAGCAUCCCAGGCAGAGGGUCCAGCGCGGACAAACGCCCGGUGGUGCGGGCCUGGUUCAGUUGCAAUCCCCGCGACGGCCGCCAGAGGGCGACCUGCGCCCGGAGAUGCUCUCAUCCCGGCCACCGCCCACGCGCGCUGCUGUCGCAAGGGUGCGUGCGAUGGCGGCCCCGGGCUCCGCUAACGUCACCGCGGCCCGCGCAGCCUCGCUGGCGGCGCUGAUGUCAUCUCCCCGCCCCCACAUUGUUGCGCACAGGUCGGAAUCCGGCCCCUAGGCCCCCACCUUGGACACCGGGAAAAUGCAGAGUCCGGGUCAGACGGGAAGGACCUUGUUCGAGGAGCGGACGGGUGGGGGGCGCAAGAGAGGGUGUGUCAUAUCUGGGCCUGGUACUGGGCAUGUAUGUGGUAUGCGACACAGUUGCUGUGGGGGCUCCUCAGUCCCAGAGGUGCGAGCCCCAGCUCCCUGCAGGGGUCCAGGCAGGAGCUGUGCCCGCGCCCCCGCCUCUCAGCAUCCAGGUCUAAGGCGCUCCCUCCAGGCUGACUGUGAGGGACACUCAGGGUAUCCGUCCCAGUGCCCUGGGCAUCCUGUCUCUGGUUGGUGUGUGCCUCAGAGGGCUGCCCCUUGCUCUCCUUUAGUGGUGUCAGCCUUUCAUCCACUGGACAAGCUCUUUCCUCCAGGGUGUCAGCCCCCUUUGCUAUGCCUGGAGACCCAGCUGUGAAUGAGCUGCUGCUCUUGGAGCCCACCGUGUAGUGAGGUCAGAGGUCCCUCCUCCUCGCCUCAAAAUGCAGCCCACGGCCACCAUGGCCACUGCUGCCACCACCACCGCCACGGUCACCCUGAACACAACGUGGGACAACACCACAGGCCACCCAACUGUGGAGCCCGACCCCAUCUUGGACAACUAUGUGUUGGUGGUUGUGGUGAUGUCACUCUUCGUGGGGGGCACGCUCGUGGUGCUGUCUGGCGUACUGCUCCUGUGCAGGCGCUGUUGGGAGGUCCACCGGCGCCUCAACAGAGACACAGAGGAGGCAGAGAAGACCACCACCACCUACCUGGAAAAUGGCACCCACCCUGCCCAAGACUGGGCGCAGCUCGAUUCCGACUCAUCUCUGUUUCCUUAAAGCCCACGCACCCCGAAUUGAGGGGGGAGGACCCCGAGGGCCAGGACGCCGAGACCGAGCGCUUCCUGUCCACCAGCUCCACUGGCCGCAGAGUGUCCUUCAAUGAGGCAGCCCUGUUUGAGCAGAGCCGGAAGGCGCAGGACAAGGGCCGCCGGUACACCCUGACCGAGGGGGACUUCCACCACCUGAAGAAUGCCCGUCUCACCCACCUACACCUGCCACCCCUCAAGAUUGUCACAAUCCAUGAGUGUGACUCAGGCGAGGCCAGCGCAACCACCAUGCCUCACCCCACUGCCACCCCCAAGGCCAGCCUUGCCAUAUUCCAGCCCCCGGGGAAGGCCCUCACUGGCCACUCCGUGGGCCCCAGCUCCGCCCUGCCAGGUGACCCUUACCACCCAGCCACAGGUCCUGCUGACUUUGAGAUCAGCCCCUCCACAUCCAGCGACUCUGGGGAAGGCACCUCGCUGGAUGCAGGUGCCAGGAGCGCCAAGCCUCCUGGGCUGGGGGCUGCGGCGGGGCCUGGGGAGGCAGACCCAGGCCCUGGGGUGGGCCCAGUCCUUCAGUUCUUCACCCGCCUGAGGCGCCAUGCCAGCCUGGAUGGGGCCAGUCCUUACUUCAAGGUCAAGAAAUGGAAGCUGGAGCCCAACCAGCGGGCAUCCAGUCUAGACACGAGAGGCUCCCCCAAGCGGCACCACUUCCAGAGGCAGCGGGCAGCCAGUGAGAGCAUGGAGCAGGAGGGGGACACCCCCCACGUGGACUUCAUCCAGUACAUUGCCAGCGCAGGCGCCACCAUGGCCUUCCCGCCCCCUCACCCCUUUGUGGCCAGUCCCACAAGCCCGCCCCCCACUCUCGGCAGGUAUUUUUCAGUAGAUAGAGGUGCUAGGGGUGGGCCUGUGGGUCCCUGCCCCACCCCGUUCCCCCUAGGUGGCCCAGGGAGCACUCUCCCUGCCCUGUGGACAGGAGGUAGUUUCCCUCAGUUACCACCACCCCUCCUGGAGACUGCCUCGCUGGGGCCACCUCUCCAGUAUGGACCGGAGGAGGGGAGCAGGGGGAAACUAGGUAAGGGGCUAGUGGAGGGUGGGGUCCUGGACGAUGCCCCCGGGGCACCCAGGAUUGGACACCUACUCAAGCAGGGCUGCUGGGGGUCCAUGCCCACACAGGUAGUGCCAUUUCUCGGUGGAGUCCAUAGCCUGAGGGACCCUCUCCCCCCUGCCCAUGCCUCUGAGGGCUGGACGGCCUCUUCUCAGAAACUGUCGACCAUUUCUGGGAGCAGGACACCUCCCCCACCCCAAGGGCUAGAGGCAGAGGAGGCUGCAGGCCCAGCAGGAGGAGCGAGUCCCGAGUCCCCACCAGAGAAUGGUGGCGGCAGUGGCUGGGGGCCUCAGCAGCAGCAGGAGUCAGAUGGUGAGCGGGAUGCAGGUUCUGAGCAGGUCCAGACAAUCUAUCAUGACAUCUGGAGCCUGCGUGCUUCCCUCGAGCUGCACGCGGCCACUGCCUCAGACCAGAGCAGCAACGAUCGUGACUCGGUACGCAGUGGUGACAGCUCGGGUUCCGGGGGCACCGCACCAGCUUUCCCACCUCUCUCACCACCACCCACACCACGGUCCAUGGAUGGUGAGGCGGGCGGGUCACGCAAGCUACUACAGAUGGACAGUGGCUAUGCCAGCAUCGAGGGGCGCAGCGCAGGCGAAGAUGGGCCUCCCAGCCUACCCGAGAAGCGCUCCUCCUUCACUAGCGCGGGCCACAUGGCCACCAUGGGGGUCAGUUUUGAGGGGGCCCCAGCUGAAGCACCCACCCGACCUUGCGGCCCACACGUCUGGCCCCGCCAUGCCCCUCGCCGAGACUACAGCGUGGAUGAGAAGACGGAUGCGCUCUUUCAUGAAUUCCUGCGCCACGAUCCGCACUUUGACAACGCCCCACCCAUCACUGCACGCCAUCGCACGCGUGCACACCCGCAUCCCCACGUGCGCAAGCAGUGGCAGCAGCGGGGCCGGCAGCACAGCGAUCCCGGGGCACAUGCUGCACCCCCUGCCCCACCUGGGGCUGACCCAUGCCCCAUGCGUGCGCCCCUGCGCCGUGGUGACAGUGUUGACUGCACAUCCGACACCCACACAGGUGAUGACCUGGCUGUCCCUGCGGCGCCUGCCAUCCCUGCCAUCGAGGAGGAGCCCUGCAGUGGCUGCCCUGGCUCAAGCCUAUGCAUUGGGCCCCCUGGACAGAUGCUGGACAAGCUGGCAGCCGGCCUGGAGGACAGACUCUUCCCACCACAUCUAGUCCAGUCUGUUUCUGUGGUCCCCAUGCUGGCAGCCGCUGCCGCACCCACAUCCCCAGACCACAGCCCGGCCUAGGCCCCAUGCCCUGCUCUCCAGUUCCUUCAGCACGUGUGGGGCCUCCACAGCCAGAAAGACCAGGGGCGCAACAUCUGGACACACCUGCACUGGGACCACAGGGCCUCACAUGCAAACACACCGCCCUGACACCUCAUGCCUCCCUCCCCUGGUACACAGGUGCAUAGUCCCUUUCCAGGCACUUCGCUGGGUUGGCAGGGAAUCAGGAGGCUCAAGGAGCCUGGCUCAUCUGGAGGGAGCAAGGCUAUUCUCAUCUUCAGGCUCCCCAGGACCAUGUUCACUUGCCCUUACCUCAAACAGUGGCCUCUGGGUGGUGGCAGCGCUUCUGUUAGUGGGAGGCACAUACCAAGGCCUACACUCUGGAGGGACAAUGCAGGCCAACUGUGUGAGGCAAAUGCGCAGAGUGCCCCUUCCGGGGCCAACUGAGCCUCAAGCUACAUGUGGUCUUCCCCAGCUGGAGUCCAUGCCAGGGUGCAUGCACUGAGCCCGCUGGGGCAAGAUGGAGAAGUGCUGAAUGUUGGUGACUAGUGCACUUGUCGCAGCCACCAAUAUUCCCGAAGCCGUUUACCUCACCGUGGUGUGUUCUCGGCAGUCUGAACCCCCUCCAAGCAAUAACCACACCCACUGCUGCCACCUCCACUGCCCUAGCCCUGGACUCCAGGCUCCUCCCUGUGUCUGUGCCCACCCUCCGCAUGUGAGUGGGUCACCUGCCCCACAGCUGCACAGUCCAAAGAGUGGCCAGGACUCAUCAGUGUUUGAGACUUACACAAAACCCAAAUGGCCAAGGUUUCAAGUUUCCUAAACUAUUUAUUGCCAAAAGAUGGGGCAGCUGCAUCACCCUGCCCCACCCUGCCAAGCUUUGAGCUAUGUACAAUCCAGUGAUGGAGUUUCUUGUGUUUUGUUUUCUGGUUGAUUAUAAGUAUUUACUGCA